AUGGAGGCGCGCGCGUACGAGCGUCUCUACCCCGACGAGGCGUUCGAGAAGACGCUCGAGACGUCGACUCGGAGGGACGGCCGACCGCUCGGGCGCGCGCGCGCGCGGGCGUGCGCGUGCGGGACGGCGACGAACGCGCUCGGGUCGGCGCUCGCGAGACACGGGGCGACGACCGCGCUCGCGGGAGCGCGAGCGAGCGUGGCGACGCCCAGGGCGGAGGCACCGAACGAGGGGUUCUUAGAGGUCCGCGUGACGUUCGCGCCGCAGGCGAGCGAGCUGGAACGACCGGGGCGGGAGAGCGACAAGGCGGAGGCGUGCGCGGCGCGCGUGCGGGACGCGCUGACGAGCGCGGAGGUCUUGGGGAGCGAUCUGAGCGAUCUGUGCAUCGAGAGAGGAGUUUUCGCGUGGCGGUUGAUGCUGGACGUCGUGGUGUUGGACGACGACGGGGCGGCGGCGGAUGCGGCGCUGAGCGCGGCGGUGGCGGCGCUGAGGGACGUGGUUCUGCCAGAGGCGACGGUGAAACGCGGGAAGAUUGUGAUCGGCGAUGAAGAGGAAGGAGUAGACGGAGCGGAUGAUGGGAUGCGAAAGGGGACGCCGUUAAACGUUCGCACGACGCCGGUGUGCCUGACGACGGCGUUGUAUAAAGAGCACUUGCUUGUGGACCCGACUCACGCCGAGGAGGCGCUGAGCGAGUGCGAGGUGAGCGUCGUGCUCACAGAGGACGGGAUGAUUCGAGGGGUGUUUAAAAACGGCGGUGAGGUGGAGGCGACGGAGGAUAUUUUGAUGAAGUGCAUCGCCGCGGCGAGGCUUCAAUACGCGGCGUCGGCGAAGGUUAUUUUGGACGCCUCGGAGGACGACGACUACUAG